UUUAUCCAAUUAUCACAAUAAAAAUCAUUAUUAGACUAGAAAGGGUAUUCUUUAAGACAAAAAUAGCCAUUAAUCUCAUUGACUCAACAAAUUCUAAUUAGUAAUUACUCUCUCUUUUUUACUCUUUUAAGUACACAAUUUUUCUUAUACUAAAAACGAGGUUGAUUGAGCGGUGGAGGUAACAGUAGUAGGAUGAAUCAAACAGCGGAAGAAAAGAAAACGCAAAGGUUGUUGUGAGCGGUUUCACGCCAAAAACAGAAACAAUGCGCGGAAGAAUGAGGAUUGAAGAACAAAGAGACAGAGACAGGGACAAAGAAAGAGGCAUUGUUGUUCUUCAAUCCAAAAAACAUAGCGGCAUGGUUGCAUUCUCCUUUUUCAUCCUCUGUUCCUUAAUCCUCCUCGUACAACCUUCUUCUUCUUCGACCCAACAACCCCCCAAUUUAGACCCCGAUAACAUCUACCUCCUCGGCGACGCCCACGUUGUCUCCGCCGCCGCCGACAACGGCGACUCCCACGUGCGCCUCACGCGCCCCACCCCUUCCUCCUCCGGCAUCCUCCGCCGCCGCGAGCCCCUCGCUUUCUCCGACCCCACAUCCCUCUCCACGGAGUUCUCCUUCUCCGUCUCCGGCCACGGCCACGGCCUCCUCCUCGUCCUCGCCGCCGCCGGCAACGUCUCGAACUACGUCGGCGUGGAGUUCGACACGUCCAAGGACGACAACGCCGGAGACCCGAAUGCGAACCACGUCAGCAUCGAUGUCGGAAGCCACGUGUCGGUGGCCAUCGCAAAUGUUUCAGAUUUGAAUUUGGUUCUCAACAACGGUGAAAAGUUGCAAGCUUGGGUUGAUUACGAAGCCAGUUCUAAGGUUUUGGAAGUUAGGUUAAGCAAAUGGGGUGAACAAAAGCCUUCUGAUCCCAUUGUUUCUCAUGACAUCGAUUUUUCCAAGAUUUGGGGUAAGAAUCCUGUGAUUGCGGCUUUAAGUUCUUCCAAUGGGGCCCACUCGGUUCAGGUUGUUAGUGUCUAUUCAUGGAGGGUUAGUUUGAAGAAGGUUUCAAAUGGGUUGCAUUCUCUACCUGCGGAUCCUCAUAGUAAUAAUAAUAAUAAUAAGUUUGAGGAUGAGCAUAAGAAGUCGGUGUGUCCCUUGACGGUUCUAGCUUGGGUUAUUUUUGGAACUGGGUGUGUUGCAUUGGUGACAUUUGUGGUGCUUUUUAUGUGGGUGAUUUUCUUCCAAAAGGGUGAAGAGGAGUCUCUUGUGAAAAUACCUGAUCACCCUUCUUCGGAUGUCAGGUAUGAGAGAAUUGAUGUGGCUGUUGACAAAAAUGCGCAUGAUGAUCAGAGUUAGAGCGUAGGUGGUGAUCGAUCGAUGAUCAAUGUUGUUUGAAAUGUAACUUUUGUUGUUAAUUGUGUAUUUAUGUGAUGUGGAGGAUAGAUUUGUGUGUGUAUAUAUAUAUAUAUAUAUAUAUAUACACUUUUGUAGGAGAUUGUGAUAUGAUACUGUAAAAUUUAUUUGUAAUGGAUUGUGUAAAAUAUAUGUGCACAGGCACGCCCUGCUUGGGAAACCACUUUGGUUUUAAUUUUGUUGUAACAUUUGAUUAUUCUUGGCAGCAUAUAAAAAGGCCAUGCUUGCAGUUGCAGCUGUGAUAUACUA